GGGCAUCUCCGGAGCCAGUGGGCCCGGGCGGGACCCCGGCCCCCGCUGGGAUCCGCCUCUGCCCGCAGCCGGAAGGUGGGAGCAGCCGCGCGGAGAUCGGCGCGGCGCCGGGAGGGUUAACGCUAACCCCUCCCCCCUGACAUCACGGCCGAGCGGGGAGAGGCCGGCGCCGGCGAGGAAAGAAAGAGCGAGAGGAGGCGCGCGGCUCCCUCGGCGCCCGGGCAGCGCCACAUUGUGCUGAUCGCGGCCGGCGGAGCGCGCACCUGGCUGGCUGUCGGCGCGCAGAUCGCCCCCCCCCCGAGCCGCCCGGGCAUCCGGCCGCCGCACCGCGCGCCCACCGCCUGGGCCUGAGCCCCCGCACGCCCACCGCCGCCUGGGCCCACGCCCCGCCACCACAGGCCCUAAGGACGCCGGCCCUGGACGCCUGCACGCUGGAGCCGAGCGGGAGGGCGUGAGCGCGCCGGGCCGGGAACCCGGGCAGCGGAGCAGCAGGGCAGCCGCGCCGCGCCGCGCCGGGGGUGGGUCCCUUCUCCUGAGCUCUGCGUGGAAGGAGAGGGCGGGACCGGCGCGGGGCGGAGAGCGAGGAGAGGGGCAUGACUGGUGCUACUGGCGGCGGGCAUCUGCCGAGCCUCUGAGCUGCCGGCGGCCGAGGCCUGGAUUGCGCCGCGCCGAGCGCUCCCCGCGCGCCCGCCCCCGGCCACCGCCGCGGCGGACCUGGAUCCUCGGAGCGCGCCGGCUGGCCCUGAUCGCCUUCGUCUUCCGGCCGGUUUCUGGGGCGAGGAGCGCUCUCCUCGCCGGACCUCCGGGCUCCGAUGGCUCCGCGAGGGCUUGCGGACGAGGCUGGACGCUGGUGGGGACUCGCUCUCGGCUUGGCAGCCUUCUUCCUCCCAGGUGCCCACGCCCAGAUGGUGCAGGUGAACGACUCCAUGUACGGGUUCGUCGGCACCGACGUGGUGCUGCACUGCAACUUCGCCAACCCGCUGCCCAGCGUGAAGAUCACCCAGGUCACCUGGCAGAAGGCGACCAACGGCUCCAAGCAGAACGUGGCCAUCUACAACCCGGCCAUGGGCGUCUCGGUGCUGGCCCCCUACCGCGGCCGCGUGCAGUUCCUGCAGCCCUCCUUCACCGACGGCACCAUCCGCCUCUCCCGCCUCGAGCUGGACGACGAGGGCGUCUAUAUCUGCGAGUUUGCCACCUUCCCUGCGGGCAACCGAGAGAGCCAGCUCAACCUGACCGUGAUGGCCAAACCCACCAACUGGAUCGAGAGCAGCCAGGCAGUGCUCCGUGCGGAGAAGGGGCGGGACGAGAAGGUCCUGGUGGCCACCUGCACCUCGGCCAACGGGAAGCCGCCUGGUGUGCUGUCCUGGGAAACGCGGCUGAAGGGGGAGGCUGAGUACCAGGAGGUCCGGAACCCCAACGGCACGGUCACCGUUGUCAGCCGCUACCGCCUGGUGCCCGGCCGGGAGGCCCACCUGCAGCCCCUGGCCUGCGUCGUCAACUACCACCUGGACCGCUUCCGGGAAAGCAUCACCGUGCACGUGCAGUACGAGCCUGAGGUGACCAUCGAAGGGUUUGAUGGGAAUUGGUACCUGCAGCGGAUGGACGUGAAGCUCACCUGCAAAGCCGACGCCAACCCCCCGGCCACCGAGUACCACUGGACCACGCUGAACGGCUCUCUGCCCAGGGGCGUGGAGGCCCAGAACAGAACCCUCUUCUUCAGGGGACCUAUCGACUACAGCCUGACGGGGACCUACGUCUGCGAGGCCACCAACCCCAUCGGCACCCGCUCGGGCCAGGUGGAGGUCAACAUCACAGAAUUCCCCUACACCCCGUCGCCUUCGGAGCACGGGCGGCGGGCCGGGCCGGUGCCCACGGCCAUCAUCGGGGGCGUGGCGGGGAGCGUGCUGCUGCUGCUGCUGGUGGCCGGGGGCGCCGUGCUGGCCCUGCGCCGGCGCCGCCACACCUUCAAGGGCGACUACAGCACCAAGAAGCACGUGUACGGCAACGGCUACAGCAAGGCGGGCGUCCCCCAGCACCACCCGCCGCUGGGCCAGAGCCUGCAGUACCCCGACGACUCGGACGACGAGAAGAAGCCCGGCCCGCUGGGGGGCAGCAGCUGCGAAGAGGAGGAGGAGGAGGAGGGCGGCGGGGGGCGCGCGUGCAAGGUGGGGGGCGCGCACCCCAAGUACGACGAGGACGCCAAGCGGCCCUACUUCACGGUGGACGAGGCCCAGGCCUGUCAGGACGGCUACGGGGACCGGACCCUGGGCUACCAGUACGACCCCGAGCAGCUGGACUUGGCGGAGAACAUGGUUUCUCAGAACGAUGGGUCUUUCAUUUCCAAGAAGGAGUGGUACGUGUAGUCCCUCCCAGAGCUCGGUCUGCGCCCCCUCCGCCCGCACGCCCCCGCCCCUCCCCAGCGACCCUCCCGGACCCCCAGGGACGGCCCACACGCCCUCCGGAGAGCCGGGGCCUGGGCAGAGCCCUGGUUCUGAUCCCCGGUCCCACCCUCCCCGCGUGUCCUCUCUGUGGCCUGGACGUCGCUGCGCCUCCUGUGCCUGGCGGUGCCCUGCGCUGGUCUCACCUCGUGCACCUGGGCACCCAGCCCUCCAGGGCCCGGGAGCCCCCUCCCCACCCAACACUGGAAUAUCUCUGUUCUCCACUGGGGAGCAGGCCGGAGGGCCUCCCUGAGGAAGAGCCUCCCCCACACGCUGCUCCCCGUUCCCACGGAGAGGGCGCCCGGCCCGUGGGAGUGGACGCGGCCGGAGUUGGAGCCGGUCUAGACCCGAGAGGCAGGGGCGCGCCCAGGGCGCCGUGAGGCUGUUACAGAGACCGGAGGCCCCAGGGUCGUGGGCAGCGUGCUCUCCUGGGGAGGCUGGUGGCAUAUUCCCUCCUCGUCCUGCAGAGGGAUGUCCUACACGACCCUCCUUGCCACCUCAGCCUGUCCCCACAGAGGGCGGCCACACCCCCACUCACCUCUACCGACACAGACACACGCCACCCGCGUCUGCUUCCGCACCCCUGGGUCACAGGCCUCCUCCCCUUCCCACCCGUGCUUCCCCCGGACCUCGGGCUGGCCCUGAACCGCUCCUUACAGCACCAAGCCUCUCGGAUCUCCUUACCUAGCCAGUCCCAGCAACGCAUUUCCUUGGGGUCAGGGUUGGGGUCCCUGAGUGAGAGGUGAGCGGCACCCAUGUGGAGGGGGCACGGCCUGGGAGGAGGGAGCCUUGCGGGAGGAACUCAGACUCCGGAGGGUGUGGGGCGCACCUCACCCACUGAGGCCAGAAAGUGCGAGGGGACGCGGGAGCCGGGGGUACUGAGUCUGAAGCUCCUGCCUGCUCCUGCUCCCCACACCACUUCCUGCUCAGCUGUCCCUGGGCCUCUGGGAGAAGCUGUCCCUUUGAGCUGCAUGUUCCGCGUGCAUAGGCCCAAGUUCCUGUCAGUCACCCACCCCAGUCUCCACAGAGGAGCAAGGCCCGCCCCGCCCUUGGUCCCUCCUCAAAGUGCCUCAGGUCCUCCCUCUGCCCCUCACAGCCCCGGCUCUGGGUGGAGACACUGGGGUGGGGAGGCGGGGUCACACCUGCCCACUGGGGUUCUGGUGAACUUGGCCCAGCUGUCUGAAGCCCUAUGGGAUGGCAAGUGCUGGGAGGAGGGGCAGAUGGCUCUGUGCCCCCCAGGCACCAGCUUGCCCUUCCUUAGGCUUCCCAAGGGAGGUCCCCCCCCCACCACCGCCCUAUUUCUCCCUUCUCUGGUGCUGCUAUGGGACCCCUGGCCAGCUCCUGGCAACCUUGGGCCCCGCAAUUGGGCCACCCUCACCCGGCCCCCACGCCCCACCAGCCACCCAGUAGCCACGUAGCAGAGAUCUGAAGCCAUGGCAGCCCUGGGGCCACCCUCCCCUCAGCACUGAGGGUGCUGGAUGGGAUGCAGUCGGGGGAGAAAAUUCUGGGGUCUUUCCAGCCACAGAGAAGAGGGAGGGAGGGAGGGAGGGAGGGGCUGCUUCUCCCAGCAGGAUUAGCCCCCAGGGGAGGGGCCUUCUCCAUGUGACAGCGCUGUCCAUCCUAUGGACAGUGACCCCACCCAGCUUCCUCACCCCAAGCAGGGGGAAAUCCCGGGGGCCUACCUGGUGGAGGCAUUCUCUGUCCCCUUGAAACCGUAAGACUGAAAGGAUUCCUCCUCUGUUGAUGCUACCACUGCCACCCCCUUUUCUCACUUGAUGAUGGACUUUGGAGGCCCCUGGGCCCAGCCAAAGCACGGAGCACCCCCCACCCCCCAGGACACCUCCACCCCCUCCCCCAAGCAAAGCACAAAUCAUGGUGCAUGGGCCAUGAGGGACCCCUGCCUGGCCGGGAGCCCGCUGCACCCUUCCCCCGGGAGAGCUGCCGCCCACGGCCAAAAGUGGGCGCAAGGCAGGGUCUGCACCGGGGCCUGGGGAGAUGGGGUUUUCUGUGCCCAAGUCUGCAGGGAGCUGAGCUCGGCUGUGGGGCCCAGACAGCCCAGCUGGCCCGGGGAGCAGUGGCCCAGCGGGGGAAGGGGGGGCGGGCGGCAUUGCUUCUCUGUGACACCAGCACCGCUGAGCCCCAGCCCGUCCUGGCUGGAGAUGAGAUGAACUUGGUAUUCACGGUGCCAAGACCUCCCGCUGUCAUCCUGCCUCUGGGUGCCCUGUCCCGGCCCACCCCGACCUCCCUGUACCCGUUUUCUUAAAAUUUUGAUACUGUUGUAACGCGGAGCAGACCACCGAGCCUCUCAGGAGGACGGUGUGAAGAGCGCAGCGCGGGGAUGCGUGCGGGCGGCCUCCGCAGGCCCACACGGGCACGUGGGGCGCGUGCACCUCCGGCAGCCCCGGCACAGGCCCCGCACACUCACAGGCGUGCAGGCACCGGGCACCAGAGCAAUGGGCAGAGGGCAGGCUCCCGGGAGCGCCAGCCCCUCCAUGUGCCCAGGGCACUGGUGCCAUCGACCUGCCACCCUCCAAGCGGAGGAACCAGGAUGGGAGGGGGGGCCCUCCUCGCAGCAGCGGGAGGUCCCCGCAGCCCACGGGGAGGGCGCCUGGGCCUGGCUGCUCCUGCUGCUGCGAGGAGGGGGUUCUGGCCCCCCCCCCCAGAGGGCGUUGUUUUGUACAAAUGAAAACAAGACCCGGGAGAAGCUGCCCCUCCCCUGAGCGCGAUGCACAAGCUUUGCCUCGGUUUCUCCUCGCCAUUUUCAUCUUCGGUCCCAGGGGCGCCUCAGUCUCCUGGUUCCGACCCGGGGGUGUUGGCCUCGCCCCCUUUUACUUGUAUUAGAAAAAACUCAUGGUUUGAAAAAUACUUUUUAUAAUAAAGUGUUGAAAACAA